CUUCACUCAAAAUGAGUUCUCAAUGUCUACAUAUAUGAUGAAGGGUUGGUUGAAUUAAAAAAAUUCUGUGUUAAUACUCGUCAGAAAGAAGUUCGAAGAAGGGCCGUCCUGGAAGCCUUGUUCGCAUCCCCACUUUUAGCCUCAAUCUCCUUGGUGAAGAUCUUACUUCCAUGGCACUUCAUGUAUCAAACAUCAAACAGUUUUGCAUGAUCAUGACCGACGUUGAGCUACGCACACAUUUACAUUCUUUGCUCUCCAUUUUUUCGGUCACCUUUUCUCUGGCAGAUACCUGAUCUCAAAAAAGUCGCUGCCCCACCUUCCCCAUCAAUUCAUGAUCUGAAACCUCACGCAUGCUGUUAUCAAAAUGAAUGCCUCCCAAGUCCCAACCUCGAAUUGGUGGUCAAAACUCAAACUCUCGGCCCAAUCGUUCUUAGGUCUCACAUCUCAAUUCCAAACCACCGCUUCACCAGCCCUCCAAUGCUCACCCUCAGCCCUAUCCCCAUUUCUCCCCUCACACGCAACAAUCAUCUCUGCUGUCUCUAUUGCAGCCAAUGGAACAUGGACACAGCCUUCACCUCCCUUUCCAAAGGCAGCAACCGGUUUGCCAGCCCUUUGCGCUGUCACAGUGAACGUGAUCUCCUCUCCAACAUCAUCAUUCAAUUUCGGGCUCUUCUUACCUGACGAAUGGAAUUUACGUUUCAUGGGCUCUGGAAACGGCGGAUUUGGUGGUGGCAUCAAUUGGAAUGAUAUGGAGACGCAUGCUUUGUCUGGAUUUGCUUCUAUGUCUACCGACACUGGCCAUGUAUCAGCCGUCCCAGACGCAUCAUGGGCUUUAAACAAUCCAGAGACACAGAUUGAUUGGGGACACCGAGCUAUGCACAACUCUGUCAAGCUCUCCAAGCUCAUCACGCAGAAAUACUACUCAGCAAAGAUCAAGUAUUCCUACUUCUCGGCCUGCUCAACUGGAGGUCGUCAAGGAUUUAAGUCAAUACAGAAAUAUCCUUCUGACUUUGACGGUAUCGUCUCCGCUGCUCCAGCAUGGUGGACCUCUCAUCUCCAACCAUGGCACCUAGCCGUCUCUCUCUGGAACCUACCCCUCGACUCACCGCACCACAUCCCCGGCUCCCUAUUCAAAGUCAUCGCAGAAGAAGCAAUCCGACAAUGCGACCCUCAAGACGGAGUCCUGGACGGAAUAAUCUCCAACCCCCGCGCCUGCAUCUUCCGUCCCGAAACCCUCCUCUGCACACCAACCUCCAAGCCAGGAACCUGCCUCACACUUCCCCAACUAAAGACGUUAGAUAAAAUCCAAAGUCCCUGGAUAGACACCAACGCCACCUUCCUCUUCCCCUCCCUAUCCCUCGGUUCCGAAACCGAGUUCGGCCGCGCAAUGAACCUCGAUUCGGGCCACCCCUCACCCAUGGGCACAGUCUGGCUCUCCAACUUCCUGCUCAACCACUCCUCCUCCACCGCCAGCUCCUACAACUGGGCCGAGAACUUCGACCUCGCGACCGUGCAGCUGGGCGAUGAACUGAACCCCGGAGAAGCGAACGCGGAUGAUUUCGACAUAACACCGCUCGCGGACAGAGGCGGGAAGGUGAUUCAUUACCACGGGUACAGCGAUGGUUUGAUACCUGCUGAAGCCAGCAUUUAUCUUCACAACCAAAUCUUGAGGACGUUGAUCCCAAAAGGGCUUUCUCGUCCCAUCUCCUCGUUUUAUAAACUAUACAUGAUACCAGGACUGCAGCACUGUCGUGGAUCAACGGGCGAUGCUCCGUGGUAUAUUGCUGGAGGGGGACAACCUGCUUCGUUGGGGGCGACGGUGAAGAGUGUUCCCGGGUACGAGGACGCGAGACAUGAUGUUGUUUUGGCGUUGAUGCGGUGGGUGGAGGAGGGGAUCGAGCCGGAGGAGAUUGUGGCUACGAAGUUUGUGGAUGAUGAUGUGGAGAAGGGAGUAAGGAGGCAGAGGCCCGUCUGUGUGUACCCUAAGCACGCGAAGUGGGAUGGAGUGGGGGAUCAGGAUUUGGAGGGUAGUUGGGCUUGUGUGGAUUUGUAUUAAGGACUUGUCGAAUUGACUGAAGGAAAAGGGGUCUGUGAACGUAUUGAUUGAUGGACUGAUACCUUUUACCUUUCUAACAAGAGAGAUUUCAACUGAGGGGGACGAAUAAGACUCGCCUAG